AUGCAGGCAACACGGGCAUUAUUAAAGCGCUCCGUAUGGAAGGGGCCCCAUCUCGUGCCCCUCCCAAUCGUAUGGCCGAAAUCCGCAGACGAUAAAGUGCCCCCAGUGCGCACCCAGGCUCGCUCUGCGACAAUUCUACCCAAUUUCGUCGGUCUCCGGUUCGAGGUGCACAAUGGCAAAGAGUACAACCGAGUGCUCAUUACCGAAGACAUGGUCGGACACAAGCUAGGAGAAUUCGCGCCGACCCGGAGAGGUAUCGUAUGGGACAAGCGAAAGAGAGGCUAA